UACCACCACUGACCACAGCGAGGUGGCAUUUUGAGUCUGUGGAUGUCUCAUAAACAACAAUAUGUUGGCCUCGGAUGGAGCAAAAAAGCACACAACAGGCAGUCUGAGUGGAGACGUGUGAUUCCUUAUACAAUGGAUUAAAACAGGAACACUACUACUGGACAAAAACAGUGAACCUCCAGCAUCCUGCUAUGGAGGGGUCAGCUGUAAAAAAAAAACCAGGAUAUGGACAACAGAAAAAAGAGCUCCCUGUGAGCCAGCUCUCCCGGUCCCGCAGCUCUGCGGGCGACAGCAGCAGUGCUGAAACUGCUCAACCCAGGAAGCUCAAUGGCUCCCCAGCAGAGCCGCCGAGCUGCCAGAACCUGCACCGGGAGCUGCUGCUCAGCCAUAAACGUGGCCUGCUGCUGGAAGAGAAACCAGAGCUGAAGCGGGUGCUGGAGCAGCGCAGGUUGGAGCUGCACAAGGAGGAGGAGAUGGCACGCCGACGACCCUCUGACCUGGAGACGGAGCUCCGCAAGAGGCAGCAGAAGCUGGAAGAGUAUGAACAGGAGGAGAUAAGGCAGCGGGAGAACCAGCAGAAGAUCCCAGAGUUUGUCCGCGUCAGGGAAAAUCUGAGGCGCACACAGACCUUCGAGCAGCCCUGAAAGCUCCCAGCAGCUAGAGCAGCCUCUCACCGUUGUGGCCCUAAAUCUUCAAGAUCACUGUCAACAGAGCUACACAUUAGCGAGCGUCCUCAAGACACAAGUCAUACUUCACAUUUCUUCAUGGAUUUUAAUCCGCAUUUUGAAGUUUGUGUAUGGAAUUGUGCAAGCAGACCAACACUUAAGUCAUGAGCAGGAAAUAUACGUGGACCAAUUCUGGCUUAGAGAAAACUAACAAGGUUACGGGGCUGUUUUUUUAUGUGUAUUUUUUUUUAUGCAUUGAACGAUCUCAUUUUCCAGCAGCCUCCUAUGUUUGAUGUAUUUGAUGUAAGGAGAAUUUAACUGUUUUAUGAAUAGGAAACAUCACUUUAUCAUCAAAGCCUCAUUCUCCACCACAAUAUGAUUGUGAACAGAAAGAUCUCCAACAAAACUAUUUUUUUAUCAAUAACAAUUCCCUCAAGAUUCCAAAUUUCCUAGUUUGUUUGCCUGUUUCUCACAUGACUUUUGUCAUUUCAAGUGUGUUUAUCUGUGCUGCUGAAAUAAAAUCAAGGCUUUAUGGUUUACA